AUGGAUAUCGUGUAUCAUAACGGCACCAAUGGAUCUAGUCCUUGGGUAGAGUUUUAUCCCUACACGCCCUCCGCAACAGCGGGAUAUGCCUUCAUGGCGAUUUUUGGAAUCGCAACUGUCGUGCACCUCAUCCUCACAUUUCCAUUCCGUGCGGCAUAUUUCAUACCCCUCCUCCUAGGGGGCAUCUGCGAAACAUUUGGCUACUACGGCCGAGCAUGGUCUCAUCAGUCCCGGACCGAAAUUAGUUCCUGGGCCUUGCAAGAGAUGCUCAUCCUCUGUGCGCCGCCCCUGAUAGCCGCAACGAUCUAUAUGGUCCUCGGCCGGGUAAUACGCUCCUUCGAUGCCGAGCACCUCUCUAGCAUGCGCACCAAGUGGCUCACCCUCGUCUUCGUCCUCAACGACAUCCUCUGCUUCUGCACUCAGCUUGGCGGCGCCGGUGUACAAGUCACCGGCGACGCGAACAUCAUGGCCAUCGGCAAGAAAGUCGUGCUGGCCGGUCUCAUCUUCUCGCUGGUCGUGUUUGCCUUCUUCGUGCUGAUCGCGGCAUCAUUCCAUACGCGGCUCGCGCGCUCGCCGACGCCACUGGUGAGCAUGAAUCCGGACCUGCGCUGGCGGCGCUACAUGUGGGCGAUGUACGUCGCGUGUUUUGCGCUGAUGCUGCGCAAUCUGGUGCGGACGAUUCAAUUCGGUGCGAAUCGGCUGUCCCCAUUGAACACCAAGGAGGCUUAUAUCUAUGUCUUCGACGCCUUCCCGAUGUUCUUGACGAUGCUUGUACUGAUCAUUUAUCAUCCGGGACGGCUGAUCAAACAGGCUCGCCAGCGGGCAAAGGCCGCCGAGUUUCACCAGCCUUUGACGAGAGAUCGCGAUUCGGGUCAGCAUGUUUUGUUGACGGAGUAUGAGCCUCGGUCGAUGCCGUAA